CACGCGCGCGCAUCGCACGCGCGCUCGAACGCGCACGUCGAUCGCCGCGGCGCGCGCGAGCGGGCGAACGCGCCACCGUCGGACGCGAGGACGUCGCUCGGGAUCUCUCGCGGACGCGAAAACGCCCGCGCCGAAUCGGGAAAUCCAUCCCUCCCCCUCGUUGUUUAUCCGCGGCAGGGGACGUUUCUGGACACGUCGGUCGACGACGACGAAACCGCGGUACAUCCGAUGCCGCUCUCCAGCCGAGGCGGCUCGCCGACGCCGUACAGCGUCGGCGACGACGGCCUGAGCGAAAACAGCGACGACUUCGCGCCGACGAUCACGUCGCUGCAGUCGCCGCCGCGCCCGCGCGGGGUUUUGCAGUCGCUCAAUCGCGUCUUCCUCGCGUUCGCGAAUUACGGCUCCGCGAACAAGAAGGAGAAGCUGCAGCACAUGGACGGCGCGAAGUGGGCCAAGUUCUGCCGCGACUGCGGCUUGCAAAACUCCAAGACCUUCACCGCGGUGCAGGUGGACCUCGCGUUCCAAAAGGUCAAGACGAAGGGCGAGCGACGCGUCGACUUCGAGGAGUUCAAAGACGCCGUCGCCAUGGUCGCGGAACUUCGCGGCGAGUCCUUCGCCGACGUGUGCGAGCUCAUCAACGCCAAGGGCGGCCCGCAGUCGAACGCGACGCGCGCGGAGUACGUCAAGUUCGCGGACCCGGACAACUUCACCGGCGCGUACGCUGCGAACGUCGGUCGGUCGUCCGUGAUGCGUCACGUCCCGUCCAACUGGGAGCGCGAGUUGAAAAACGUCAAGCCGACGCCGCGGCUCAAGAAGCUCUUCAACGCGCACUGCGCGUUCGGGAAGGGCGACAAGGACCUCAUGAACCAGAAGACGUUCUGCAAGGUGAUGAAAGACUGCAAUCUGUUCGACAAGAAGUUCACGCCGACGCGCGCGGACAUCAUCUUCACUAAGAUCAAGGCGCACGGCGAACGCGUCAUCAAGCUCGACGGCUUCACGCGCGCGUUGCAGCUCGUCGCGCAAGAGAAGAACGCGUCGUACGAAGACCUCGUGGAGCACGUGUGCGCGUGCGACGGCCCCGCGAGCAGCGGCACCGCGGCGCUGUGGACCAAAUUCCACGACGAUAAGAGCACGUACACGGGCGCGUACGCGGCCAUCGCGGGCGCUUCCAAGUCGACGCGCGUCCACGAGUCGCACGACGCGUGGAAAUCGAAGCGGCAGCCGCCCGAGCCGGUGAAGGGCCUGCGGCCCGUCUUCGACGCGUUCAGCGCGUUCGGCGGGGGGCAGCCCGGGAGC